AUGCCAGGAUCAAUAGAUAAUAUGGAUAUUUUUAAUAUAAUGAUAAUAUUGAGACUUAUUAUUGGUAAUUAUAAUUAAUAAUAUUAUUAUUUAGUUCCGAUUUUAGUGAUGAAGUAAUUUAGAGAUCAAGUGUAGUUAAUUUAAAAAUGAAGCUAGAAAAUGAAAUUUUAAAUAUUCCCGCUUGUCUAUUCGAAUAGAGCUAUUAUGCGCAGUAUGACUCUACCCUCCCAGAGAUUUCUAUACUUCUAGGUUUCAUAUCCAUAUGCGUUCCAGUAUAUUAUAACGCAUUGGGCGUAGUAAUAAAAGUGGUAAACUACCCUUAGAGGGCUAGCGUCCUCAAGCGUCAAUCUUAACGAACAUUGUGCGUUCAAUGGUUAACCAAAUUCCUGUGCCGCAGGCCAAAUAUGAAUUGUUAACAGACGUUCGCCAGUGAGUUGCAUUUCCUUUUAUUCUUGAUUUUUUAAAUUCUUUAUCUUUAUGUAUAUACAUAUACGAAAAGCACAUAACAUCUAUAAAAAUAGCUCGAUUUUCAUUUAUUUCCCUUCUCAUAAUGUAUGUGUAUAAUAAAUUUCACAAUUUAUCGAUGCAAAAUUUAUACAUUAUAGUAUAUAAUGUUAUAGAAUAAUGUAAUUUAGAUAAUUGCAGAAUAACAAUAAUAACAUUAAUAAAAUCGUAUUGAUAAAGAUCUUAUCUUUUAGAUAACAUGUAAUAAUAACUUUCUUAUUUUGAAAGUUACACUAGAAUCUAUUUCUAAAGUUACUAUUAAUUAUUAAAUUUGUCAAAGUAUGUUUGAUCUAAACAGUUCGUAAGUAUAUUUAUUAAUAAUAUUGGAAAUAAAUAUUGUUUUUUAUAAAUUGAAAGACUUUAUAACUAAGAUUUUCAUCUCUUGUCAAUUGAAAGAAACAACUCUUUUUAAUAAUUUUCUUGAAACUAAACAUUUGUAAGAUAUAUUUAUAAUGUUAUAGAAAACUUCACUUGUUUUUAUCAAAUGAUAUAGUUAUAUAUUUAUCUUCAUAUUUAAAUUUUAUCAUGUAAUAUUAAAUUUCUUUAUAAGAUUUACUUUUGUAUUUUUCUUUCUGUAUAAUGAGCCAUAUGUGUGAACAUAUAAGUGUAUGUCAAAUGUUACAGGUGUGGUUAUUGAUUAUUCUAUAUUUACUAUGAUAUAAGAAACCUUCAUGGGUUAUAUUGCAUAUAAGUGCACAUAAAAUAAAUUGCAAGUUUAUGUUUUACAUAGCUUCAAGUGUAUAAAAUUAUAUAAAACUAAGAAAUAUAUUUUUUUAUAUUAAAUUAUUAAUUAUAUUUAUUGCUUACAUUUGUUUGCUUUGCAUUAUAUGAAACAUAGACUUGUUAGUGAUUCAGAUUCAGAAAUUAAUAAAUUUUCAUAUCUUGUUUUAGACCACGUUGGAGAACACAAAUUGUGUGCUUGGUAUUAGUGUCUUUGGUACUUGGAGCCCUUUUCGUGACACGUGCGUGGUUAGGAAUUAUUAUACUUCGCUCUCCGAGAGCGAAAACAUUUGAUACAGAAACAUUAGCGGACAAUGCCAAGAUUGCUACGUGGUUACGUCGGGCUCGGAUGUACGCCGAGUCGACGAAGGAGAACCAGAAUGCGGACAGGAACAACAGCAUCAGUUCGCCACAACACUUCUCCACCAAUUCCUCAGGGCAAAUCAUUGUCUGUUAUUACACCAUAUCGAGCGACUUGAACACGUUCUGGGAGCUCAGUCCGUCGCACAUUGACCCUUAUCUUUGUACGCAUAUUAUCGUGGGUUUUGCGGGCGUGGUAAAUUGCAGCCUUGAUUUGGGCAGUAAUUCAUCAAUCUAUAAGGAAGUCAUUGCUUUAAAGAAGCUACAACCUCAAUUAAGGGUCAUGAUUAGUGCUGGCGGCAGUAAUGAGCUCCAUUUAGGUUUUUCAGAAAUGGUAAAAAAUCAUGCAAAUAGGAAAAGAUUUAUAAAAUCCGUUUUAAAUGUGACAAAGACAUUCGGGUUUGAUGGAUUAGACUUAGAUUGGGAAUUCCCUGCAUGGCUUGGAGCCGAUGAACGGGAAAAGAUUCGUUUCGUACAAUUAUUAGAGGAAUUGCGAAGAGAAUUUUACCGCACUAAAGAAACGUUGAUUUUAUCUGUUGCGGUAGCUGCUCCACAAGCUAUUGUCGAUCAAAGUUAUAUAGUCGCAGAAAUGGCAAAGUACGUAGAUUUUGUGAACUUGAUGUCAUAUGACUAUCAUUUCUAUGUGUGGUACUAUCCAAUUACUGGACUAAAUGCACCGCUUUUCUCACGCGCUGCUGAAUCUGGCUAUCUUUCUACUUUAAAUGUUAAUUUCUCGGUUCAUUAUUGGCUUUCAAAAGGAAUGCCAAGGGAAAAAUUAAUUGUGGGUAUUCCUACCUAUGGCCACACCUAUAGCCUGGAUAAUCCAUUGAAUCAUGGUUUACUCGCACCAACAAAUGGCUUUGGAGAAUUGGGAAAUGUAGGUUUUGUUUCAUAUCCUAUAAUUUGUGAGUUCCUUCAAAAUGGUGCAAAAAGUAUUUUUGAACGAGAAAGUAAAGUUCCCUAUGCUUACAAAGAUAGAGAAUGGAUCUCUUACGACGAUAUUACAAGCGUUUACUAUAAGGCUGAAUGGAUUCGUGCAAAUAAUUUUGGAGGUGCAAUGAUAUUGUCUUUAAACGUUGACGAUUGGAAUAAUACAUGUAAAUUCAAUGAAAGCUUUCCUUUAACUCGUACUAUUAGCAAGAUCCUCAGGUAUCAAGAAGAUUAAUGCAUUUUCAUUUGUUUUUCUUUUAUAAUGAUUCACAUUCCAAACAAGAAAUGUUGCAUUCCUUGAAUGGUAUUUGAUUACUAUUUGUAAUUACUAUUUUAAAACCUCUUACAGUAUUAAAGAAAUGUUCAUGCUAUAAAGUACAAUUAUAAUUUUAAAUUAAAGCUAUUAAAUCAAAUAUUAUUGAUCAUAUAUUUAAUUAUUUAUUUCUGUCAUAUUUUAUUUCUUAUUAUUAAAAUAUAAUUUAUGAACAUAUAGGAAAAAAUUAAAGAUAAAUCAUAGAAAAUUUAUUAGCGAGAGUAAUAGUUACAUCUAAAUCAAAUCUCUUUAGAAAUUUUUGAUGGUCAGGUAUAACACAUAGGUGCGUUUUUGUUAUGAAAUUUUAGAGUACAUAAAUUUAGGUAUAAAUAUGGGUACUUUUAAUAGAAAUUAUUCUCACUUAUUCUUUUUUCCAAACAAUGCUUUAAUGUCCGACAACUAGUUAUUGGAUGUCUAGAUAGCUUUGCCACUUACGGUCUUAUUAACUACGCAGAUUAAAUUGAACCCUUACCAUAAAUCAUUUAUAAAUAAAGCAAAAAUGACAUCAAGCUAAUUGCUUUUAACGAUCCUAGCUAUCAAUAUAUCGUCAUAUACAUAUUGUUUACAUACGUAUACAAGAAAUAUUAAAAAAGAAUAACAUUUCCUCUUAUACAAAUUGUUACCAAAUAUUAUCAAUUAUAGUUAACAAUUGUUAUAUUUAUUUAUUUCCAUUGUUCUUUUAUUUCAUUUGUUUUAAUUUAAAUAUAUUUUAAUUUAAAAUAUAAAUUCGUUUUCUAUUUUGCAUGUACAAAUAUAUAUUAAUCUAAAAAGUAGUGUUAAAAAAGAGAAUUAAAUAAAGAAAUUAAAAUAAUAUAAAAAAUUAAAGGCUAAAUAUUAUUUUUGAAAAUAGAUAAAAAGAAAUUGUAAAGCAUGUUAUGAACUAAUAAUUUUGAAGAAAUUCCGAGAUUUAAUAUUAAUUUAUAAUAUAGUACUUAACAAUAAGUACUGCAAUAAACAAAAAUAUGAAAUUAAAAAAAUUUUUUUUUAAUUGUUAAAAUUUUUAAAAAAUAAUUAAGUAAAAAUGUUGCACGAAAUGUUAUAUUUAUAUUAAUAUAAUGUAUUUUUAUUUUAAUUCAACAAAAGGAAAGAAAUAAUUUGAACAAUAUUAUCUAUUUUAAAAAUAUAAAAACGAUUUUUCUUACUUUAUUUCGAUUAAUUAAUCAAACUAGAAAAA